AUGACAACUGACAUUUCAAAACCAACUAUCUCAAUAAUAGUAGCUGCCCUCAAACCAAACCUCGGGAUAGGUUAUCAAGGUAAAUUACCUUGGAGAUUACGUAAAGAAAUCAAAUAUUUCAAAGAUAUAACUACUCAAGUUAAGAAUCAUGAUCAUAUUAACGCGGUUAUAAUGGGAAGAAGAACAUGGGAUUCAAUACCGAAUAAGUUCAAACCUUUGCCUAAUCGUAUCAAUGUGGUUUUAUCUCGUUCAUUUAAGAAUGAAAUCAUCGAUCUGAAUGUGAUUCAUGCUAAUUCUAUUGAUGUUGCAUUAAAUCAAUUAUCUAAUAAAGAUCAAUUAAAAAAACUGAUUGAAAGAAUAUUCAUCAUUGGUGGAGCAGAAAUAUAUAAUGAAUUGAUUCAUGAUUCAAGAAUCGAUCAUCUUUUAAUCACUGAAGUUGAAAAUUCAAAUAAAGAUCAUCAAGUUCCAAUUGAUACUUUUUUAAAUUUCCCCAUUUAUGAUAGUAAUAAUAAUGGAGGUUGGAUUAAAUCUAGUAAAAGUGAAUUACAAGAGUUCGCAGGUGAUGAUAUCUCCAUCGAAGACGACAUUAAAGAAGGUGAUUUUGUUUAUAAUUAUACUUUAUGGAAAAGAAAAUAA